CAGCUAUAGAAAAGUUACCAAGCUCAGAUGCUCAAAUAGCACUCGUCCAACUAGCUAACAAUUUACCCACAAAGAAGGGAUAGACUACUUAAUUUGAUAGACUCUGAUUUAUCCUUGUAAAUAGAUCCCGUUUUUACUUAAACCAAUGUAUAAUAUAUUCCAGAAGCCAGAGACACAUUCAGAGAACAGAAAUACAAAGACUGAAGGAAUGUUUCUGUUUCGGAUGCUUUCGCAGUGCUUAUUGAAAUAGUUGAGUUUCCUUAUCUGUCAAAUGUCAGAUUUUUGCUCUCCACUUUUCUAAUAUUUUUGGCUAAAAUCUCAGGGUUGACAUUCUUCACUACGAUGCUUGAUAAAGCUUUGUCAGAAAUUGUAUUCGACAUAGCUUUAGAAGGGGAGAAGGGAUGUUCAUUUGAUCGUUUUUUCGAGCUUAUACGAAAAGCCAUUGGAAGCUCACUUACAAAUGAAAAACUAUUGAAACCAUUACAAUUUGAUGUUGGAUAUAAAGCUUUUCUUUGGACAAAAGUAAAAGACAAUCCUCAUCUCAUAUUCAUGAAGAACGAUACUGUAAUUGAAGCUCCUAAAUUCUCAUUUGAGGAAUUAUCAACCGAUAUAACAGUUAAAGCAGCAGAAAAGAUACAGGACGACAUUCUGUACGGCCAUUUGAAGUCAGAGAAAAAGAAUUUGACAGAGAUCUAUCGAAAUAUCUUGAGUAUCGUAGCCAAAAGCAAAAAAACAGGAGUGACUCAGCUUGAGCUAGCAGAGCUAUUACAAAUCAACCAUAAAACAACUUUUCGUUAUUUAAAAAGGCUAUGCCAGCUUGGUUUGAUAAUCAAAGAGAAAGUUUACAGAGCGAAAAGAGCAACAAAUAUACUGUAUCACUGGCAAUUUGUCGCUUCAGUCGCUGAAACAAAUAGCGUCCGCGUUGAUACAGAAUCCUUAUACCGCAUCGAGAAGCUAAAGAAGGAUAUACUUGAUCAACUUAAAAAAGCUGACGACAACAUGAUGUCCUUACGAAAUUUAGUUCAUUCGUUGGGAAUAACUGGUGGACAGCCAGGAAAAUGGGUCCGAGCGACGAUUUGUAAGAUGCAUGAUCAAGGACAACUCGUGAAAUUUAUAGCUUAUGAUGGUAUAUCUAGAGUGGCUUCUGUUCGAUUACCGAGAAAAUCGGAGUAUGAGACUAUUAAGAGGACAAGUGAGUUAUGUGCCGACGAUAAGACAUCCGUAAGGCCUUGCCAGCGUAAUAGGUAUGCAAUUCUUCGAGACCUACCCUUCGAGUAUGUGGUAUAUCAAGAUAUCGUCCGUUCAAGAGGAGACGGCUUCUCAAAAGUGGAUUUCACAAAAACCUAUCCAUAUAUAGAUAGUAAUUUGUUCAAAUUUUUCUGCGAUAACACCUUCAUUAUCUCGGGUGACCUUGCCAAUCAGAAAUAUCCAUUAUAUCGCACUGAAGAGAUCGGCGGAAAAGUCAAACAGUAUAGAUAUUACUCAGAAGAGGGUUGGAAGGAAUCAGCGUUUUAUAGUCAUAGUAUAUCCAGUGAACCGCAUGUUGAAGAUCGCUCUUUUAGUGCUAACCCUGAACUUGAUGUGAGCAGCGACAUUGACUCGGUAGGAUUUGAGACAAAGGAAUAUGUAAAUCAUUCAAACUCUCCGAUGAAACGAUCUAGAUCGUACUCAGAAACAAUUAAAACAAACGACAAUGGAAAUAGCUCGACUAAGAAAUACAAAGUAAUCGACACACGAGCUGCUUCUAUAGAAAUCGACGAUGCAGCGAGUAAUAGUUCGUUUAAAAGCCCUUCUGAAAAGGUUUCAGAAGUUACAGUACCAAUAUCAACUGAACAAAUACAUUGCAAUUCGUCAAAUAAUAAUAAACGAAAACGUGAAGAUAACGAUAUUCAGUCGCAGCAAUCUCAAAGCAAAGCUGGUCGUCGUAUUAAAACAACUGUUCAAAAUAAUACUAAAGCACGUCGAUAUGCUAUUAUACUAGAAAUGCUAGAAGAACAAAAUAUUCUUGAGCUGAACCAUGAAUUAUACAAUAAAUUCGUAGAACUGGAGGCAGCAGCAGCAAAUGGUCAAGGGAUCGCUCGCAAGACUUUCUUUGCUUUAGUCAAACAACUGCAAGAGCAAAACAAGUUGAAAUAUUAUGUUACUGUUAUCGAGACUUCCUUUGGAGUCACAGAGAAAAAAACUUUUUUACUGCAUCCAACUCUAUCAGAAAAUGACGCACAGGUACAGCAGUAUAUCGAUAAGUUGAAGUGUAUUACAUCAAGUGGCCCUAAACGUCGUGAAUUGGAAACGGUUAACGUUACGGAGGUACCGACGAAGAGAGAAGCAAAAGGUUUAAAACUGAGAUCGCCUCCAAGUACUGAGUACGGGGCUACUAAUGGCCUUACAGAUUCUUUCAAUGGGACCGUCAUUUCCGGUAACAAUGCUAUUGCGUUGGACUCUUCUCUCAGAAAGAAAGCUUGGUUAUUCAGGGCGACAGAAUAUGGCUAUUCAACUUCAAAAUGGCAUCGUGCACGUAUAUUACACCAGACUAUGCUCAGUUAUUGUAUCAGUGAACAAUCGGUUGAUAGAGUGAUUGCAAUGAGUGAUAUGCUGAAUCAGAUGCCUUUGAAAACAUUUAUACAGCUUUAUGGUGUGUUACCGUUUGAAAAUCAGACUUUUUUGGCAUUUUUGAACACAAGAGUCAACCUUGACGUCGCUCUGAAAGACUUGCCCCACAAUAUCAAAACGAUAAUGAGCGAUGCAGUAAGAAAGUUCCGAUAUACUCUUACUCGUUCAUUAAGUCUGCUUAAGGCACUUGAAUUGAUUGAUCCUGUUCAUGAUCAGGAAUUGCAAGGGCCCAACGUCCCCUUAAGAAUUGCUUUACAUAGAAUUGGGAAUAUACGGGAUUAUACAAAGAAAGAGAGGCCUUUAAUCGUAAAAUUACCACUUGAAAGCUCGGAAGAUGUUUCCGCAUAUUGGAAUCAAUUACAAACGCAUUGUACAGAGACCAUAAAAGAUGUUGACUAUAUCGCUGACAAAAAUGACCCUUUAGCAGGAAUCACUCUAAGAAGGGGUUGGAGCUCAAAUACAUCAAUAACAGACGAACAAAAGGCUACGUUAGACUCUUUUGUCGAUUUCGAAGCAAAAACUGUGCCCGAUGUGGAUAAUAGAGUCUUACGUUCUCAUAUAAUGAAAUUGACAAAUUUGUCAGCGAAGCGUGUCAGAAUUUAUUAUAAUGCCGUUUUAAUCUCUUUCAAAAAAUUUGAAAUGAAGAAGAUACGGACUGAUAGAUUGAAAAAGCCGCCAAGGAAAUCGUCUUCGGCUAUUGUCAAUGAUCUUAUACGCGCUUCCAUUCAAAAGCAAAAAGUUGCGCUUCCACAUUAUGAUAACCAAGAAAUGGAAAUGUUUCAACAGCCAACUUUCAUAGGAAGUAGAAAGGUUAAAAAACUUAGAGUCGUUGUUGAGCCUCAUCAAAGCCUCAAUGGGAAUAGCAGAAUUACAGGCAUCCGUCGUACUAAGGAUCCAUUCACAUCACUUGAAAAAGAUAUUCUUAUUCAUUCUUAUUGUAUUAUGAAAACCAGAGCGAAAAUGUCUCUUUUUUAUUGGAGCCCAAUCUCCCAAGUGUUACCAAAUCAUACUCCUGAAAGAUGCCGUCAUAAGCUUAAUGCAAUGCUUAACAAACGUCCGCAAUUGACAACUGAUAUUGAAGAAUUGAAAACAAAGUGGCUCAAAUAUUAUCAAGAAGGGCUCGAGAAAAAGGAGAUCACAGAUGAGAAUUCAUGGGAUACGGUCAAUUAUGAUCUGACCACAUAUCUCGAGUAUUUUCUUCGUAAAUUGAAAGAGGAGGACAGCCGCAAAGUAGCCAUCACUGUACUGCUACCAUCACAGGCUAAGAAGUUGAGAGAACGUUACCGUAUCGAACGAAGCGACAGUCAAAAUGAACAGACAAAACGGUUAUUAAUAUCCCAUUCUGUCAAUCCCUUUGGUGAACAGGACUAUGAUACUAAAGCAAAUCUGUCAACGUAUAAUAAGACUGAGGUUUCGAAGCAGCUCAUUGCUACGCUAAUUAAAAUGAAUCUUAUGACUCCUGACGAUCGUUAUGCUCCAAAAGAUGCUUACAAGAUGCUUUCAGUUUACCCUGAAGACCUUAUACAACAAUCACUACAUGAGCUCAAAUCCAAAGAAUUAAUCAUCAGCGACAAGAGUAGAUACGGACGUAUACCUGGAAGACGUAUAAAUGUUUCGGAAAGAUUCAUGAACUUAGCUACAAGCAUUUUUCCUGAAAGAAUGACUGAAAAAGCUCGCAAUUUCUACAGUGCAAUUGUUUCAGAAAGAAGUUGUAACUUAACGACCGCAUUGCUGAAUAGUGGCUUUAUGGCUGCUUUAUUGGAUCUCUUUUCGCAAGGGAAGUUAAAUAUUGACCUGUUGAAUAAGGAACAAUUCUUGCAAUCAAAAAAGGUUUUGUGUUAUCCUAAGCCGACAGCUAUCCCGUUAAGAGAUGCAUUUGUCUUUAGAAAUUUUGAUUUACAGGUUACAAUAGGGGAAGAUAUAGUAGACAACAUAUAUUCAAGAAGUUAUACUUCUAUCUCACAAGUGUCUAAAACGACACUUACAUUGCAAGAUAUUGAUAAGUGUACCAUCACUACUGUCACUAAUUUGGAUCCAUGGGCUCAACCUGUUUACAAUGUUAUUCAUCACUUUGGUGCAAGAGGAGCUUCAACGUUUGAAAUUCAAAGUGAACUGAAUACGAACACUGAUGAUAUUCUCAGAGCGUUAGACUUCCUUCUUCAAUCAAAGCCACCUGCUAUCCAUAUUGUUGGUUUCAGCUCUCUACGAUAUGUAGCAACGGUAUUUGCCCCAAAGUGGCUGAUGCAUGAUUCAACAAAUAAACGCUGGAUUUAUCCGUUAAUGUGGCAUGAUACGAAUGGACAUUUAUUGGAAUCUGCAUUAGAAGGUACGGCUGAGGUUAUCAUGAGCCAUAUAUUGGCCAAACCAGGCAUCACAUUUGGAAAUUUGCGCGCUAAACUUCACGAUAUUUUGAGUGAUUAUGAGUUGUAUCACAUAUUAAAAUACCUUGGAGAAAGCCAUCGCAUUGUAUCUAAAACAAUUAGACGUGCUUCUCGGCCUCACCGAAGUUCAAUUUUCGAUAAACGACGAAUUACAGCAGUUUUGUCAAGUAAAGGAAUCAAUAACAAUGAGAUUACACAUUAUUGGCUCGCACCAGACUAUUACCUUAAUAAAUUGUAAUUGAAGCAUCACCAACUAUACUUGAUUGUUAUGUGAAGCUUUCACAAAGUCUGAGAUUCAGCUUUUUGGUUAUUUUUAAAUAUGGAGCAACAUAGUUUUGUAUACUACC